CCGAAGGAAUGUUUACCAGCUGAGCGAGUAUGUUGUACUGUUGCUGAGAAAAACAGGGUUGCUUUGCUGUGUGGAUGUGUUGAGUCUUUUGCGGUCCCUCAGUGAAAAAAAGGAAGAUUUGUGUCCCCCAAACGAAGUCAUUUAGUAAUUAUUGUUCACCCACAAAUAAAUAAAGGGCCACAGACUGUGAACGUUGCGAAAUUCAAGCGGCCGGAGGCGAUUUAAGACCCAUUUUUGUCAAAUUAUUUGGACAAAGGAAGACCGAGGGGGUGAGAAGGCCCAGCUGUUCUGCCGGAGAGCUGCUUUGUUAAAGGAAUUCUUAGUUUGGUGUAAUCUUGUCGAAAGUAGCAUACUGCUGCAGCACUUUUGUGUUACGACGUGCGAUUUUAUUUUAGUGUCCUUUGUACCCAACGUCGAUGAGAAAAGAACACGUUAUAUUACUAAAAUGAAAACAGAAAUUUCUACCGCUGUGAACUUCGUCUCCAUGUUGCUAAAGAAAACCGGAGUUGUUGCCGAUAACCAGUUACAACAGUUCAGUGAAUCGCUUGAGGAAUUUUUAGGAGAGCACUACCAACAUCACUGGUUUCCGCAGAUCCCGUGCAAAGGUUCGGCGUACCGCUGCAUCAGAAUCAACCAUAAAAUGGAUCCUUUGAUAGGACGGGCUGCAAGUACCAUUGGACUUGGCCACGAGCAGCUUUUUCAACUCUUACCAAACGAAUUAACGCUGUGGGUCGAUCCAUACGAAGUGUCCUACAGAAUAGGGGAAGAUGGGUCUAUUUGUGUUCUCUACGAAACUCCCCCACCAAGUGUGAAAAGCGGACAGUGUUUCGAUAGUCGAAUCAGCUGUAAGGAAGAACUGCGCUUGGGUAGAUGCAGUCCUUCGAAAAGCUAUAAUAUGAUGACUGUUUUAAGUUGACUGAAGCAUAUUGUAACUGUUCAUGUACAAUUCUUGUAUGUAAAGUUUACUGUUUCAUAACCGUAGUAAAUUCUUUUUCUUUUAGUCCUUUAAUUGUUCAGUAGUACUGCCAAACAUUUGUUUGUGGCCAAGGGCUGUUUUUAUAAAGCAGCAUUUACGCUGCAACUCUUCAUGGAGUGUAUAUUGUAAAUGAAAUGUACAGGCAGUUUGUUUUACAGAUUUAUAUUUUAUGAAAGCCUUGGCUGUUUGUAAUAAAACAUCAGAAUUAUUCACUCUUAAAA